UACCCCGCGGCUCCCAUUGCGCCGGCGGUAACCAGCUGCGGGUGUCAUCGUCGGAGGGACAAUAGGAGGAUCAGGGAAGGAUCAUUGGAGGAUCGUCGGAGGUCCUCGACGCUGCGUCGACGGGCGACCGACGCUCGCGCUGCGAGCCGCCAGUCGGACUGCCGACGACACUGCGGGCUGCGAGCCGGGGCUGCGGACCGCCAACGGCUGGGAGGAACCGCCGGACUGCCGACGACUGAGCGGGCCUUCACGGACAGCUCGUGAGAAUUAACCAAGAUGGCGCUGGUGGUGGCCGAGCUGUCCCGUAACCUGAGCCGGGCUCCGUCGGACGGCGAGCCCACCUACUGCGGUGCCGAGAUGGCCGCCUUUAGCGACCUGUACCGGCGCGCGCACGGCUACCUGGCGCUGGCCACCUGCCUGUUCGGCCUCACCACCAACCUCUUCAGCAUCGCCGUGCUGACGCGCAAGACGAUGGCCUCGCCGACCAACGCCAUCCAGACCGGCCUGGCAGUGGCUGAUGUGAUGGUGAUGCUGAUGUACAUCCCGUUCGCGCUGCACUACUAUGUCGAAGCGUUCGGCGAGUCGCGCCACACCUACGCCUGGGCGGUGUACACGCUGGCGUUUGUGCACGUGACGCAGGUGUUCCACACGGUCUCCAUCUGGCUGACAGUGGCGCUGGCCGUCUGGCGCUACCUGGCCAUCGGACACCCGUCGCUGAACCGCGAGUGGUGCUCCAUGCGCAACACGUUCGUCUCGAUUGUGUCCGUGUACAUCGCGUGCCCGGUGAUCUGCGCGCCCACCUACCUCACUUACGCCAUCACACCGGAGCGGGGAGACCAGCAGCGCUUCGUCGUCAACUUCAGCGAGCUCAGCCAGCGCCACGACCGCCUGCUGGAGAAGCUCAACUUCUGGGUGUACAGUGUGCACGUCAAGCUGCUGCCGUGCGCCAUCCUGACCAUCUUCAGCUCCUGUCUCAUCUCGGAGCUGUACAAGGCCAAGCGGCGGAAGGCGAGCCUGCUGCGCCGCUCCACGGCCGGCGCCGCCAAGGUGUCAGCGGCCGAGCGGCACGCGGUGCGCACCACGCGCAUGCUGCUGGCCGUGUUGCUGCUCUUCUUGGCCACAGAGCUGCCGCAGGGCGUGCUCUCCCUGCUCUCCGGAGUCCUCGGGAAGGGGUUCCACGACCAGUGCUACAACAAGCUCGGCGACCUGAUGGACAUCCUGGCGCUGGUCAACUCUUCGAUGAACUUUAUCUUCUACUGUUCCAUGUCGUCCCAGUUCAGGAUGACGUUUAGUAGCCUGUUUCGCCCGGCCCGCUGGGUGCCCCGACCGUUCAAGACGGCGCAGACCACUGAGGGGACCGAAUGUACGCGCGUUUAGACCCAGAUGACUGGCUAAACUGGCUGAACUAAUGUGUCCGACUGAAUAAGUGUAUGUGGCCUGUCGAAAGCAACAGUGGGCCGGCCUUGGGCCUGAUCCCGUUCGUUGGUGUGUGCUGUGUCAUGAAGGAGGUGAACGGUUCAAAUAGCUGAUAGCUAGUCAUGUAAACGACGUACAAAGUGAAAAAUCUCCGGCGGUUUCUCUAAAUGAUGCUGUGUGUCUAUGUUUGUAAGUGCAACAAUAUGUGUCAAAUAAUUUUGUGUGUGGCGAUUGCGAAUGAACGGUUUCUUGC